UUAGGCCUGCUGGUUGGAACUUUGGACACAGUUCUUGACUCCACAGCCAAAGUCGCACCGUUUCGCAUUUUACACCAGACGCCCGACUCUCAGGUGUACUGGAACAUUGCCUGUGGAGCAUCUUUAGAGGAGAUCUCAAAACACUGGGACUGGCUGCAGCAGAACAUCAUCAGAACUCUCGCUGUGUUUGAUUCUGGCGAAGACAUCACCAGUUUUGUCCAGGGAAAGAUAAGGGGUCUGAUAGCAGAGGAGGGCACAUCAGCCAGUGACGAAGAGGAUCCCGAACGCUUCCGGGAGGCAGUGCUGCGCUUUGAACGUCUGUUCGGUUUGCCUCAGAGAGAGAAGCUUGUGACUUAUUUCUCUUGCAGCUACUGGAGAGGACGAGUGCCAAAUCAGGGCUGGAUCUACCUCAGCACCAACUUCCUGUGUUUCUACUCCUAUAUGCUGGGAAAUGAGGUGAAACUGGUGUAUCCCUGGGAUGAGGUGAGCCGUCUGGAACGUACAUCGAGUGUGUUGUUGGCAGAGAGCAUCCGUGUGUGUGUGCGUGGAGAAGAUCAUUUCUUCUCAAUGCUCCUGAGGCUCCAGCAGACAUACCUGAUCAUGCAGCAGCUGGCCGAAUACGCCAUUGUGCGGUUCUUCGACAAAGAAACAUUUAAUGCUGAGCAUCCACUGGCCAAUCCCCUUCACGUCACACAGAGGGCUCUGGAAAUACAUGCACGGAAUCAGUCAUUUCGAGCAUUUUUCCGGUUGCCGCAGGAGGAGAACCUUUGUGAAGUGUAUGAGAGUUUACUCUGGGUUCCAUUCAGCCACGUCAAUACGCUUGGGAAAAUCUGUGUCUCUGAGAACUAUCUGUGCUUUGCAAGCCAGGAUGGUUCUCAGUGCCAUCUCAUUAUCCCUCUAUGGGAGGUGUUUAGUGUGGAGCUGCCAGACCGCAGUAGUCGUGCUCUUACUGUGUGUCUUCGUGGCAAGAGAGCUUUGCGUUUUUCUGAGGUUCGGGAUUUUGAGCGACUUGCUGCCACCAUCCGCAGAAAGUGUAGGACAGCAGGAAGCCCCCAGCAUUUCAUCAGUAAUCCGGAUGAGGAGGGUGUUAUGGUGGGGCAAAGUCAAGCCGUCAGCACUGAAGCUCUUAUGAACGUCUUUCAUCCGCAUGAUGCAGAAAACCUUGACCCCAAAAUGCUGAAGGAGCGAAUGAAGGAGCAGUCGUGGCAGAUCCAUUUUGUUGAAUAUGGCCGUGGAACUGGAAUGUUUUGCACCAAAAAAACACGUGACCUCAUUGUACGAGGAGUUCCAGAGACUCUCAGAGGAGAACUGUGGAUGCUCUUCUCAGGUGCAGUACAUGACAUGACCUCUCAUCCCGGGUACUAUGGGCGGCUACUGGAGGAGUGUAUGGGCAGCAGCUCGCUUGCGUGUGAUGAGAUUGAGAGAGAUCUGCAUCGCUCCCUCCCAGAACACCCAGCAUUCCAGAGCGACACAGGAAUCUCAGCUCUUCGGCGUGUCUUGACUGCCUACGCUCAUCGCAACCCCAAAAUCGGCUACUGCCAGUUGCGUGUUGUUGCUCAAGAUGUGAAGUUCAGUGCUGCUCAGCUAGACGAGCUCUACAUGCUUUUUAAAAGGCAACACUUUGUGAGCUGUUACUGGUCAGUGUGUAGUCCUGCCCUGCAGAACCAUGACCCCAGCCUGCCAUAUCUGGACCAGUACCAGCUGGAUCAGUCCCAGUUUAGUAGCCUGUUUAACCUCCUACAGCCAUGGACCACGCACACGCACGCACUCUCACUGGCACGAUCAGCCUUCCGGCUUCUGGACGAGAACGGAGACGGACUUUUGAACUUCAAAGAUUUCAUAUGUGGUCUGGAUAUCCUAUUAUCUCUGUUUCGUGGCUGCACAUUUUUUCCACUAUUCCAUGUAGAUUCUGCAGAGGAUGGAGUGAUCAGAAAAUGUCCAGAAAGAGGUCGUGCUAAAGUAGAUCUGCAGGAAUAUCUGAAACAGUGGCAGGAAGACUUGCUGCGGAAAGAGGAGAAUAUUAAAGAUCUGCCCAGAAUUAAUCAGGUACAGUUUAUUGGUUUGACAAAGACCCUGUACGGAGUGUUCCACGGUGAUGAGGAGGAGGAGAGUCUGUACCGUGCUGUGGCACGAGUGACCAGUCUUCUGUUGCGCAUGGAAGAGGUGGGGCGGAAGCUACAGGAGAGCAGCCCGCAGAAAACGCCCCAAAGUACACCCACCAGCACGGCUCAGCCGGAGACCUCCCCAACAUUACCCACCAGCCCUGAGACCGAAACCCUCGCUGAGGGGGAAGGCGACCAACCUGAGUCUCCGGUCAGUCAGCAAGAAACUGCCCCGUCCCACUCUGACAUUACCCCGACCUCAACCUCACGCCCUUCUACGCCCACCAGCAGUCCCACCGGAACCAGCAGCCCCGUGUUGGACACGCCAACAGACACCCCCAGCUCACCCUCUAAGGUCAGAGACGGGGACUGGAGUUUCUCCUUCGAGCAGAUUCUUGCGUCUCUCCUGAAUGAACCGUCUGUCGUUCGCUUCUUCGAACGGGCCAUUGACACGGAUUCUCUGAUUGCACAUGCACGUAAAAACCAGCUUAAAGACGCACACUAACACACUAUAUCAGAGCAAUCACAGCAAAACACUGCCCUAAAAGCCAUAAACCCUCUCCCUUCCUCUUUCUCUCUUUCUGUGUGACUUGUACAGGUCAGUGUUUGUGAAACACUUACGUCCGUUACAGAUGAGGAAAUCCUUUUAUUUAUAUACAGACACACAUAUACAGGACAAGUACAAAUCAAAGGGACAAAAAAAA